GAGGAUAGUCCGGAGGAGAAAAGGGCCAUGGAGGAAUGUGAAUAUAAUAUGAUUCAACUGGUGUGGAAGGAAAGAAAUAUCCCGGUUCCGGCUAUUUAUGGUUUUGACGCGAGCUCUGAUAAUAAGGUCGGGGCGUCGUUCAUGCUUAUGGAUUGUUUGAGAGGGAAUGCCGGGAUGGAUCUUGGGAUGAAGGUUCCGGCUGAGUACAAAACGACCGUCUUUACUAGCAUGGCUGAGGUCCACGUAUGUUCUUCCCCCCAAAUGCGGAUGUGAGUGAGCAUUUCUGAUAUUGAUAUCAUCAGGUCGAAAUGUCCCAAAUCCAACUCCCCAAAAUCGGCACGAUCACCGGCAUAAACCCCGAUGGCACAUACCAACAAGGCCCCAUCCCCGGCCUAGGCGGACCCUUAGAUACAGCCACUGACUUCUUCAAAGCCUGGGCAGCCCAUGCCUCUGUCGGAUCAUUUAGACACUUGAUCAAUGAUUUGGCAGACCAUUUGUCUAUCCGCAACGAAGGUCUAUUCCCGCCAUGUCACGGCGACUUCGGACACAACAAUAUGAUUUUCGAUGAUGAGUGGCGGUUACUUGGUGUUAUUGAUUGGGAGAGUGCAUUUGCGGCGCCGUGGGAGAUAGCGGCGGAGUUUUCGUUGACACCUACGACGAUUCCACGUGCUAUGGACGCCCCUUGAAAUUAUGAUGAGAAUAGUUAUCCGAAGGAUGAAGAGAGUCGACAGAAUCUUGUGGAUCGGGACCAGUAUAUUAAGAUAGUCAUGGAGAAGGAAAGGGAGAAGGGAUUGACUGAGGGAUACACUUUGUCGUCGGCACUGCAGAACUCGAAACGGCAGGAUUUGGCGUAUGCUAUGACACUGUACCAGGGUGGAAAGGCCGGGUUUUUCUCGAAAAUGAUGGAUGCAUUCUCCAACUAGAACUUUUGACUUCCAUGACCCAAUGCCCCAACAAUCA